AUGUCGAGCUAUCUGCUAUUAGCCUUGCAGUAUGUUUUACAGGGGACAUUAUAUGGACUUCAAGUCAGAUAUCUUCCUAUCAUCCUACGCAAGACCGGGUCAUCUCUUUUCCUUGUGGGCUCACUGAAUUUGUUGACAUUUCCUUGGCUAGUCAAAUCUCUUUGGGCACCUAUCAUUGAUGCUUACGGCGAUAAAAAUACAUGGCUGUCUUUGAAUUACGCCGGUAUAGUAGUUUCCCUGUCACUGGCUAACACCGACGCUGGAUGGAUAUUUGCCUUGUCUCUGGUCAUGCUUAAUUUUUGUUCCGCGACAAUUGAUCUCACUCUCGGAAAAAUACUUAUAACUGACCAUCAUGGCAACGAACUCUCAAAAGCCAGCUCUGUUCAAAUCGUCGGCUACAAAACAGGAUUUCUGUUCGGUGGAGGUUUAACCUUGCUGCUGGCAGAUAUCUAUUUCAUAGGUAAGGAAAUUCUCGUCCCACUCUCCGCAAUAUAUUUAAUCCUGUCACUCGCGUUUUGGGUCACGAAAAGAUCUGCUAAACCGGAAGUUGUUCACAAACCGGAAGUGGAAACGAACUUGUUACCAGGCGGUCCGCGGAUGACUGGGUUUGCGCGCUCUUCUGAAUUUCAAUGGAUGAUAAUCUGCGCAUGCGUUUACAAAUUCGCCUCACAUUCGUCACAGUCGUUAUUAACCAUGUUCUUGGUGGACGAUGGAGAGACCAUAAGCCGCCUUGGUUUUUUGUCUGGAGUGGCUGGUCAAUUCAUAUCCAUUGCUGUUGCCUCGGUGACCGGGAUGAUCUUAGCUGCUAAAUGGUAAGACCAUAACAAAUUAUCAAUGCGACCUCCAUUUGAUUAUUGUAUGUGUUAUAAGUGUACCACUUCUUUGUCCAAGGCAUCUGCCCCAUUAGAUUCUGCUAUCCCUGUCGAUGUUUGACCACCAUCCUGCUGAGACUAGACUGGUAGCAGUCUCUCUUUUCCUUCAGAUUAAGUAAGGGGAGUGCACACGCGCGCGAGCGUUGAGCGGCGAGGCCGCGAGACGCGAGAAUCGGGGGCGGCAGUCGUGCCUCCCCCGUCCGGUGCGGGAUCAUUUGCGUGUCUCGGGCGUUUUGUUAGACAGACCAAGAAAAAAAAGAGACUGCUCGUAGUAUAGCUGAGACUGGAAGUGCUAGGGGUGAGUGUAGUGAACAUACCCUGGUACGGCGGGAGUCUGAGUGAGGGUGAGUCGAAGAGAUAGAAAAGAGGACGGCUGAAACACGAAAGUGUCCGUCUACUGGCCGAAAAUUCCGCGCUUCAUGUUCAACAACGACUUCAAAACGCUUUGUUGAAUUUUAAACCUAAUAUUAAUUAGGGCGAAACAUUGUUUGUCGCUCUUAAGCUACAAUAUCACUGUAUACAAUCAAAAUACGAGGUAGUUAUAGUUAGAAUAGCAAGCAAUUUUCUGAAGAAUAAUUCCUUGAUCACUGUUUAGGAUGACUCCGGCGCAGAUGGUUGUAUUGUCGUCUUUACUGACUGUAUGUUCCGUCUGUGUACAGCUCUAUGUGGUUUGUUUCAACAACACCAAAUACAUCGCCUUAGGUAAGUGUCCACACAGCUACUACACUAACGAAUCUAGGGGUUUUUGCAUUCGUCGAGGACGAUGACAAUUGUAUUUAAAAACACACUUAGUUUAAUUGUUGAAAAGACUUCUCUUUACUCCUUACAGUGUACAUUUUACUCAACGUGGUUCACGGAUCCCAGGCUACUCCAGUUUACACUCUUAUGCUACGAUGUUCCCAGAAUGCACCACCGUCUGUGCGUACCACUUGUUACUCGUUUCUAGGCGCGCUAGAGAUUCUGGGUAAGCAAUUGUCUUUGUUCCUUGCGGGAGUGAUAGCAGAGUUGUUUGGUUAUGUCGUUGGCUUAAACAUAUCACUUACGGUUUCUAUUCUCGUGGUAUUAUUGGUCUGGAAGUGCCCUAGACAUCUACGAAACACGCAGUCUUAG